UUCUCAAAACACCAAUAACCUUCAAAAUCAUUCAAGAUUUCAAAUAAUCAUCUGAGAUUUCUAUCUACAAAUAUUUGAAGGACAAAACAUGGCAGGUUUAAGGUUCAAUUUGGUGGUGAUGAUGGCAUUCAUGCUUGCAUCUGUGCAGUUUCAUGACACGGCGGCUCAGACAACCCAUGUGGUCGGCGACGCCUUGGGUUGGAAUAUUCCUCCCAACGGACCUUCUGCUUACACCACCUGGGCAUCAACUCAGACCUUCAGAGUCGGCGAUGUUCUUCUCUUUAACUUCACCACCGGAUUCCAUAACGUCGCUGAAGUAUCACAGGUGGCGUACGGCCCAUGCACCACCACCAACCCCAUCUCCAUCGCCACCACCGGCCCCGCUAGAGUCACCUUGAAUGCACCUGGCACACACUAUUACGUCUGUACCGUUGGAACUCAUUGCCAAAUUGGUCAGAAGUUAACCAUCAACGUCUCCGCCGGGUCGACCACCCCUGCUCCAGCCCCGACACCCGCCACUCCUGCGCCGGUUUCUCCACCAACCACCACCCCGACCCCUGCCCCCACCACAACAACUCCUCCACCAACAUCCUCACCUGUACCUUCUGCUGGGGAAGCCAGCCCAAUAUCACCACCCACCUCCGGCCAAUCUCCCUCAGGGAGUAACACCCCUUCUCCCACCGAUAGCACCACUCUACCACCACAAUCACCCAGUUUUGCUCCAUCUUUCACCGCCGUGGUGCCCUUCAGUUUAUUAGCGAUUGCUUUAGCUUUCUUUUAUUAAAUCUAGUGGUUAACUUGAGACGCGUGUACGUAAAUUAUUUUUGUUUGGAUUUUUCUUUUUAAUUUUGUUUAUGUACUUAUUUAAUACAGAUUGAUAUUGCUUUAUGUUAAACAUAUUAUUUCAUCA